AAAAUAAUCUUUUAUGAUUAUUUGCCUACCUUCGAUAUCGACUUAUUUCUAUAUCUAUCAAAGAUCUUCACGUGGACGUAAUAUGCGUUCUUUCUACUAAACUAUUCGAUGUUAAAUGCAAUAAAUUGAUCUCAUUAUUUAGUACUUUAUAUCAAAUAGUAUUAAACUGUGACUGUUAAGUUUAGAUAUAAUUCAUUGUUUCAGUUUGUAACUGUUUCAGUUUCUUUUAUUGAGUAUUUAUAUAACCUAACAGGUUGUGUCUUUCAAAGGUACUUGAAAAAUAAGCAAUAAUUUUAUAUAGCAUAAUAAAUAAUUUAUGUUAUAUUCCAUCAUUAUUGUAAACACACAUGAAAUGAGUAUUUGCAUAACUUUGUUGCAAAAUGAGUAGAUUGUACCAAUGUAUUAUCUGUCAGUACAUAAAUACUUCUACUAUGAAUUUACAUAAUCAUCAUGUUCAACACCAUAGUCCAGUAGAAUUAUCGCAAACUAUUAUCAAUCUCCAAGGUUUCAAAAUAUUAAAUAAUGUGAAUAAUACAGAAAAGAGAUAUUUGAAACCAAUUAAAGUAGGUGACAAUAACAAUAAUAUUCAUAAUAACAAUGAGAAUUUAUAUAAUCGUGUCAUUAUUAAGACUGAAGAAAAUAAGAAAUUCUUACAUGAUAAAGCAAGUUGCUUAUUAAAGUGCGGUCAGUUCAUUCCUUGGGAGCAUGAGCUAAAUAAAAGGAAAGAGAUAAAUGAUGAGGAAUUUGUUAACGUUAUUGAACAGCUUUGUUGUGAUUUAAGUAAAAGAAAGCAGAGAGGAAGAAAAAGAAAAAGUGAAAUAGAUAGUACAGAAAUAAAAAGUCCUGUUAAAGAUAUUCAGAAUGAGAACAUUAUGGGUACAAGCAAUAAAAUUAUGAAUAACUCUGAAACUGUACCUUCCCAAAUUUCUACAGCAACAGUUUCAUCUUGGAAUGCUAAGAGCUCAACUAAUAUGGCUGAUGAUAGUAUUCUUAAGUUAGAAAUUGAUGAAAAGGAAGUGGACACUGAAAAUAAUGAUUCUAUGACAUUAGAAUUACAUAACAUUGAUACAAACAAAGAUGUUUUAAUCUAUGAUCCAUCAACUGGUAAAUUUUCUUGGAGUUCAAUAAUGAGUGGAAUUUCUUUUGAAAACAAAGCAAGCACGAAUUAAGAAACAGUAUACUAGUUUUGAACCUCAAUAAACUUUGCCAAAGAUCAUCAUGCAAGAAUCUACAAAGAUUAAAUUGAUUAAAAUAAUUUUUUUUUUUUAUGGUAAGCAUGAUCUUACCUUUUAAACUUACAGUUCCCAUAUUAUGAAUUUGUUUAUAUGAUCACAGAUAGGAAGCUUUUAUUUUAUUUUUUUUUUAUUAUAUAAAUGCUAUAUAUCUUACAAAAACAAAAUUUUACAUUAACGAUUGUCAGUAAUAGUACUAGUUGUUUAGUAUGAUACAUGUAUAAAGACUAAACUGAUCUAUUUUAUGUUAACUAUGUACACCAUAAAUGAUGUUUCUCUGUCAUACAAACCCUGUAAAAAACAUUGUACAUUUUUCUAUGUCAAAUAAAUGUAUUUUUAAUAAAA